AUGGCUAAUUUUAAGGGUCAUGCACUUCCAGGAAGUUUCUUCCUCAUCUUUGGCCUGUGGUGGUCUGUGAAAUACCCCCUGAAAUAUGCCUGCCGAAAGCAUAAAAAGAUUUGCUGGUUUGGUUCCAAAGUUGGUUUCCAGCGUGUGGAGGUGAUCGAAGGAGCAGUGAAAGCAAUCUUUGCAUUGAUAGGGAUUUUGGCUGAACAGUUUGUUCCGGAUGGUCCGCAUCUCAAGCUGUACAAUCAUGAAGAAAAGCAGUGGGACCACCUUAUGAACUGGCAGCACGCCACCAUGUAUUUCUUCUAUGGCAUCUCUGGAGUGGUGGAUAUCAUCACCCACACCACAAAAGCUGUUCCUGUUGCCAUGGAUAGAAUGAUGCUUGCCAUUGCUGUAUUUGUUGAAGGUAUUUUAUACUAUAACCAUGUCCAUGGCAGGCAGGAGCUGGACCUUCACAUUCAUCUGCUCCUCUUGUUUGCGGUUUUUGGUGGAGCACUGUGUAUAUUUCUAGAGGUCUUCUUUCGUGGAAAUAUCAUCCUGGAGCUCUUCCGAUGCAGUCUGUGUAUAUUACAAGGCAGUUGGUUCUGGCAGAUUGGAUUUGUGUUGUACCCUCCUGGUGGUGGCCCUGAGUGGAAUCAGAAUGAUCACAAUAAUAUAAUGUUCAUUACAAUGUGCUACUGCUGGCAUUACGCCUUUGCUCUUCUGAUUGUGGGAGUAAAUUAUGGAGUAGUUAUUUGGUAA